AUGGCAGGUGGUCGCAAAAGCAAAUCCUCGGGCCCCGCGCCUCCAUCAAGAACGCUCGUCCUCGACAACGGCGCGUCCACCAUCAAGGCUGGCUUCGUUUCCGACGAACUCACCGAAGACCCGCGAAUCAUCCCUAACUGCAUCGCCCGCGAUCGAGUAAGAAAGGUCUACGUCGCGUCAGACCUCGAGAAAUGCCGCGACUUCGGAGAAAUUCAGUUUCGCAGACCCGUCGAGAAGGGCUUCAUCGUCAAUUGGGAAGCCCAGAAGGAAAUCUGGGACCACGAAUUCUUCGAUGACAAGGCGCCGCAAAAGUGCGACCCGAACGAGACGAGGCUGCUGCUCACAGAACAGCCCAACUCACUGCCUAUUUUGCAGUCAAACUGCGACCAGGUUGUCUUCGAGGAGUACCAGUUCGCUAGCUUCUAUAGAGGCACAGGUGCCUCGUUCAAUGCGUACCACGAUAUCCAAGGCAUUCUACAAACCCCUCGAGACCCGAACACUGUCCCGCAGCUUCCGGCCGAAGUCGUCCUCCUCAUCGAUUCGGGCUACUCCAACACCAUCGUCACUCCUCUCCUCAACGGUCGGCCCCUCCAGUCGGCCGUUCGCAGACUCGACGUAGGGGGGAAGCUCUUGACGAACUACCUCACCCGCCUUCUCUCCCUCCGAUACUACGACAUGCGAAACGACACCUACAUCGUCAACGAGAUCAAAGAACAAGCCAGCUACGUUUCGCUAGACUUCAAUGGUGACCUUGAGAAGACAUGGAAGGGAACCCGAGGCGAGAUAAGAGAGCCAUACAUGACCGGGGCGGGCAUCGCCAAGGACUACGUUCUGCCUGACUUUCACACCCGUACCAAGGGCAUCGUCCGAGACUUUGACCCGGCAAAUCAUACCAAGGCGAAGAGAAAGGCGGCAGCGGACAACAACGAGGAUGUUCUUACCUUGCGCAACGAACGCUUUUCCGUACCUGAGCUCCUCUUCCAACCUUCUGACUUUGGCCUCCGCCAGCCCGGUGUUGCCGAUGUCGUCAUGCAAUCGCUCUCCGAGCUGCCCAUCGGCCUAUGGCCAGGUCUGCUGGCCAACAUUGUGGUUGUCGGCGGCAAUGCCUUAUUCCCGGGUUUCAUCCAGCGACUCGAGAAGGAGUUGGUUAAGAGGGUUCCGGACGCCUGCAUUGUCCGUGUCGCACAUCCUGUCGACCCCAUCACGAGCACUUGGUACGGCGGUGCCAACCUGGCGAAGCACCCCGACAUUUUGAAGUACUCUGCCACAAAACAGGAGUACGAAGAGUACGGCGGGGUCUGGAUCGCUCGAAAGUUCGGUUCAGGAAGCACAGCCGAAUAA